AUGCUAUUAGCUAAACCAAUCGGAACGAAAAGACCUUUAACAGCUUUUGCUUUUUGAGCAUUUCAAAAUAAGAAGAGGUGGUCUCUUAAAUGUGACCGUUUCACUAAGAAAUAGUAUUACUUAUACAUUUUUUCUAAUCUAUUUUAUACCAGUUUUGAGAAUUGUGUUAAAAGAUGGCUCCAACAAGAGCAACAAAACCUGAACUAAUAUUGGCUGUGGGUGCAAAACGUGUUAACACUAAUGCAAUAUCUACAAGGAGCAAGUCAACAAUAAUAAAUGUAGUUAAAGAAAGGGCAAAAAGAAAGGCUGAUGGCUCUCCUCCUAAAGAAAAUGGAGUCAAACGCUCUGCUUUUGGUGAUAUUACCAAUGCUUUAAAGAAAACAAAAGAAACUGAGAUUAAAGGCAAAACAAUAAUUAAAGUUCCAAAUGCUGCAAAAAAGGUAAAAGUGCAAGCAAAGGUUUUGCCAACGGUAAGGACAGUUAAUCAUAAAAAAAAUGAAAAUACUUGUCCACCUCCUGCACCAGUCAACAACAAACCUAGAACAAGAGCAACCCAAAGAUUACAUCAACCUAAUCAGACUGUUCAAAAACCAAAAGAAGUGUUGAAAGAUAACACCAAUGUAAACCAGAAAAUUAAGACUAGAUUAAGUAAUGAAUUUGAGAAAACAGAAGAAUCAUUAUAUAGCACUGCCAUAGAUAUCAAUAUUUCCAAUUGCAACAGCAGUACUGUCAAAAGUAAUGGCUCCAAAAUUGAUCAAACAGAAGAGAAUGACAAAGGUAUUGAUCGUUUAUCAAAGGUUUCCUUUGUUGCCCAACAGCUAGAGAAAAAAUUAACGUUGAAUAGUUAUUGUGGAAGUCCUGAAGGAAUUGAUGACUUUGAUAAGGAAAACUGGAAUGAUCCUUUCCAAGUUUCACAUUAUGCAAUGGAUAUUUUUAAUUACCUCAAAGAAAGAGAAUCUUACUUCACCAUAAAAGAUUACAUGGAUCAUCAAAUUCAUCUUUCAUGUUGGAUGAGAACGUUACUAAUUGACUGGAUGGUAGAAAUUCAAGAAAGUUUUGAAUUGAACCAUGAAACUCUAUAUCUAGGCGUCAAAUUGGUAGAUUUAUACUUAAGUAAAGUAAUUGUUUCUCGGGACGAUUUACAACUUGUUGGUGUAGCUUCCAUAUUUAUUGCAAGCAAAUUUGAUGAAAGGAUUCCACCUUCUGUAGAUGAUUUCGUUUAUAUUUGCGAUAGUGCAUAUGAUCGCAGAAAACUACUUCGAAUGGAAAUGAAUAUACUGAAAGUGAUCGACUUCGAUCUGGGAAUACCGUUAAGCUAUAGAUUUCUGAGACGAUAUGCGAGAUGUGCUAAAGUCAAUAUGCCUACGUUAACUUUAGCCAGAUUCAUAUUAGAAUACUCCUUAAUGGACUAUGCAAUUGUGACACUUCGGGACUCUAAACUAGCUGCAGCUGCCCUAUAUAUUGCUUUAAAAAUGAAAAAUAUAAGUGGAUGGACCCCUACCCUUGAAUAUUAUACAGGUUACACGUUAAUGGAAUUCAUUGAUAUUGCACGUCUCUUGAAUAAUGGCCUGCAUCAGAAGCCAAAAGAGCAAAUAAUGACAGUUCGGAACAAAUAUUCACAUAAAAUAUUUUUUCACGUAGCGAAAACGCCCCUCGUACCUACGGAAGAUUUGUAGGGUAUCGCUCAGGUACAUUUUUUAGUUUAUUGACUGUACGUGCAUAUUGUAUGUCCUUGUGUAUAUUGAACAGAAGAUAUAUUUUAUUUUUAGACGUAUAUUUACUUUUAAUAUGAUUGUUGACUGCGUUUAUUAAGCAAUAAAAAGGAUUUGCCUUUUUAUUAUUGAUAAGUAUUGAACUGCCAUUUUUAGAUGUAUGUAUUGUAUGAUAAACACACUAAUAUAUAUUACCGAUAUUUUAAAAAUUACGACUAUUGCGGUGUAGGUUUUAAUAUUAUACAUCCGAUGUAAACUACUGAUUAAUCAAAUACCAGUGUUUUGUUUGGUAUUUAUUUUAGUUUUGACUUGCCCUGAAUCAGUUGUUUGUAUCUUUUUAUAAUAAACUAUAUACUACUACUGUAAAAAAAUUAAAGGUCUUUUUAUGUAGAAAGUCGUAUUCUGCAAGUAAUGACGUAUUUUUUUUAAACAUCAAUGAAC